AUGGGGAAGGUGCAGCUCUUCGAGAUCCGCCUGGGCGACAGCCGCGUCGUCUACAGCCCCGGCGAGCCGCUGGCUGGCACCGUCACCGUGCGGCUCUCGGGCUCGCUGCAGUACCGAGCCAUCAAGGUGAGCUGCAUUGGAUCCUGUGGGGUGUCCAACAAGAUCAAUGACACAGCAUGGACUGUGGAGGAGCAGUACUUCAACAGCACGCUGUCCCUGGCAGACAAAGGGGUCCUGACAGCUGGAGAGCACAACUUUCCCUUCCAGUUCCUGCUGCCAGCUUCUGCUCCUACAUCAUUUGAAGGCCCUUUUGGCAAGGUCCUGCAUCAGGUGAAAGCCGUGAUAGACACGCCUCGCUUCUCCAAGGACUACAAAUGCAACAAGAUCUUCUACGUUCUCUGUCCUCUCAACUUGAAUGACAUCCCUGACAUCGAGCAGCCCAACACCAUGUCCAUCACCAAGAAGUUCAACUACAAGCUCGUGAAAAGUGGCAACAUCAUCCUGACAGCCACAUCUGAUCUGAAGGGCUACAUCGUGGGCCAGGCCAUCCAGCUCCGCACAGACAUAGAGAACAAGUCUGGCCGGGACACCGGCGCUGUGGUGGCCAGUCUGCUCCAGAAAGUGGCCUAUAAAUCCAAGCGCUGGAUUUACGACCUGAGGACCAUUGCUGAGGUGGAAGGCUCAGGGGUGAAAGCCUGGAAACAUGCAGAAUGGAAGGAGCAGAUCCUGGUUCCAGCACUGCCCCAAUCCAUUCUGCAGGGCUGCAGCCUCAUCCACAUUGACUACUACAUCCAGGUUUCCCUCAAGUCUCCAGAGGUUUCUGUCACUCUCCCCAUCUACAUUGGAAACAUUGCUGUGAACAGGGUCCCACUGAGCCCAUCCCGCUCCAUCCAGCACAUCCCAUCUGUGGUGGUCCCCAGUGCCCCCCCAGAGGAAGAGGAGGCUGCCAGUGGCUAUCACCCCAUGGACAAUGUCUCCAUCCCCACCAAAAGCCAUUCUCAGCAGCAGCCCUUUAGCUACGCCCCAGGACUGAGCUUCCAGGAGAUCCGUGCGGACUCGGAGCAGACAGGCUCCCCAAACCACCCCACACUCUGCCUGUCCACGGGAGCCACUGUCCCCUACUACGCUGAGGGGAAUGUGGUGCCUGUCCCCACAGCCAGCUCACUCAUCCUGCCCCCAGAGUACAGCACGUGGGGAUACCCCUACGAGGCGCCUCCAUCCUAUGAGCAGAGCUGCAGCAGUGCCAACUCCAGCAUCAGCAAUGGCAAUUAG